UCAAUUUGGCCUGGCCGUUCGGAAAUCGGAUCACCGUGUUCUGAAGAUAAUAUAUUACGGCCUUAACAAUAACGGUUAAAAGCGGUCGUGUGGCCAAAAUGAGAAUACUCGUGGUUGACUGUGGCGUGUACUCGUCCGAGCUAACCUGGGCGAGAUAAUCGCGAGGUUGCGACUAGUCGCUCAAGUCGUUCAGCUCAAAGGACUCGUGUUCCUAGUGCUUUGGUUCGCGAUCGCCUACACAUUGUUAUUGUUUUUCUAAUAAUGGAGGAACUUGACAAGGAACAAAUUACCAUUCUCAAAAAAGCCUUUGAGGCUUUCGAUCACGAGAAGAAAGGAUGCAUCGGUACUGUGAUGGUUGGUACUAUCCUAGGCAUGCUUGGGCACCAGGUCACAGACGACACCCUUAAGGAAAUCAUCGAUGAAGUGGACGUGGAUGGAUCUGGAGAGCUGGAGUUCGAGGAGUUCGUAACCUUGGCAUCAAGGUUCAUGGUUGAGGAGGACGCGGAAGCCAUGCAGGCGGAACUUAAAGAAGCAUUCCGUUUAUAUGAUAAAGAAGGUAACGGCUACAUCACAACUCAAGUUUUACGAGAAAUCUUAAGAGAGCUCGAUGACAAGAUCAGCGCUGAAGAAUUAGACAUGAUGAUUGAGGAAAUUGAUUCUGACGGAUCAGGAACCGUUGACUUCGAUGAAUUCAUGGAGGUGAUGACGGGAGGAGACGAUUAAAUUAAUAGUAGAUUUUCGUCUAGAUCAUAUUUUCUACGUUUACAUCUAGUCGCUUUGCUAGCUUCCAUUAUACCUUGAUAAUACAGAGCUUUAUAUAUAUUUCCGAAGCAAAACAAUCUUGUCGAAACUUUAAGUAUAUUUUUUUAUUUUGCAAUUAAAGUAGUUGUAGUAUCUAUAAGUAUAAAUCAAGAUCGCGAUUUACAGUUAUAGAUCCACAAGAUAUUUAAAAAAAUAAACAGUAUCAUAAUUUUUGCUUAAUUUUUUUUUAAGUAUUACAGUAAAUCUUACAUUGUUAUUUAUUAAGAAUUAAGAUUUAGGUUGAAAUAGAUACGUUGCCUGAUAAAAGUUCCUUUUUACGUUUUAAUCUUUUAAAACAUAGUCGAUAAGAUUCAAAAUUAAAAUAAAUCUUGACCGAAAUAUGUAAUAAACGCUUAAGUAUUAAUAUAAUAUAAAUAACUGUGAAAUAUAAUACAUUUUUGUUAUAUAUUGUCAGUUACCUCAUUUUUUAUUGAAAUAAAAAUAAACUCGAACAA